CUUAAAGCGUCUGCUUGAUCCUUGUAGAAUGUUAUUUUAACCAAUCAAACUCGAGGUUAAAGGGGUCACCACCAUGGCGGACCCACAAGACAGAAAGUUAAAAGAUGCUCAGAUGCGAGCAACUAUCAACCAAAAGCUGGUGGAGACCGGUGAAAGGGAAAGACUGAAAGAAUUAUUGAGGACCAGACUUAUAGAAUGUGGAUGGAGAGACCAACUGAAGGCUCAUUGUAAAGAGGUGGUAAAGGAGAAGGGCCUGGAGCACAUAACAGUGGACGACUUAGUGCAGGAAAUUACGCCAAAAGGAAGAGCUCUUGUGCCAGACGAUGUUAAGAAAGAACUACUGCAGAGAAUAAGAACAUUCCUGGCUGAACAAUCCAACAUCUGAUAACUGCAUGCACAUCAAUCAAAAUAUUGUUUUCUACUUUCACUUUACCAUACUAUUGUAUUACAAUGAGAAGUGGGCCAGUCAACAAAAGUGGAGGGAGUGUGAAGACAUCAUAGGAAAGUUUUUUGAAAAGCUUUAGACAAGUUUACUGAGAAUUUUUUUUUGAAAGCCACUUUUAAAAAGCUGAAAAAAUUAGUCAAACAGAUUUUUUUUGUGUGUUAUUAAUGAAAUUGUGCUUGUGACAAUAUGAAAUGAUUUGUGCUUUGUUAGAAUUUUUAUACAUAUUUCUGUAAAUGUUUUGGUUUUUCGAGAUAUUUUCUGUGAUUGGGCGCUAUGUAUGGAGCAAUGGUGCAUCUGUUAUACACUGUGUCGUACUGUUAGUACUGUACAUAUCAUGUUGAAAUCCAAUCAUGUAUAAACUCUAUACCUCACGAUGGACAGGGGUGUGUGUUUUUGAAUGUAGUAUAAAUGAUGACACUAAAUUUGUUCUGUUAUGCAAAUGAGUGAACUUAAUGGUCCGAAUCCCAUACACGGUUUCAUAAAAUCAAUGUCGUGCUCAAACUCAGACUCUGUGCUCAAGCUCAAAUUUCAGUUCAAAUAUGAAAGUAUAAUCCUAAUAAAUAUUUCCACUGUUACAGACUAGACUUAAAGCUACUGUAUCUUCAUACCAAUUUUUUGUGCAUAGUUUUUGAACUUGUACCAAGAUCUCUGCGAGUUACAAUUAAACUGGUUUGAGCACAGAACUUGAGUUUGGACAUACCUGGCCCCUCUCAAGCUGAGUUUAAGCUGAAGUGUCUAUUGCAAUGUUAUGUAACUAUAUAAGGAGUUCAGUUUGAGCUCAGCUCAAGAGAAAUUUGAAAUAUUGGUGAUAAAACUAACGAAUCACCUUCAGGAUAGAAAAAAGACCGCACAAAACAUGUUUGCAUUUUUUUUAGAUUGUUUUGGUAUUUAACAUUGAAACUUACCGCCGCAAGCAGCUGAUUUUUAUAAUUGUAAAACACAUAUUUUUGUUACAAUUUGUUGCCCAAAAGUUUUUGUUUACUAGCUGAUAAAAAAACCAGCAACAUUCCAAGUACAUUUAGAGACUCUCUGAUGUUAAAGAGUUGCCACUUUCCAUCCAUUAUAUAUUCCUUCCAGCCCAAUAAUACAUAGAAUACUCACCACGACAGACGGUAGAUUCACAUAAUAAAAAAAAAAUGCAGGGAAGACCUUUUUCUGUAAUGAAAUCCCCACUAGUAGAUCUCUAAUAUGGAAAUUUUCUGUCUGUUAAAAAAUUUAGGUAGUUUACAUUAGAAAGAAAUAUACAUGAUUUAUAUAGAAACUGUUCUAGCCCUUGUCGGUAUAAAUUAAAUUGUUGCCGAAAUACUAAAAACACAAGACAACAAUAUCAAACUGUCUCUGAUACAAGAUUAGUAAAAUAACUACAGGAAAGAAAAUCCCUGUAUCAAAUAAUAGUGUUGUGUAGAGGCUGGUAUCUUAACUCACUCACCCAUUUCAUAAUUUUCAAAUUUAUGAAAUUUCAUAAUGAACUAUUCCAAUCUAUGAAUUGGAAGAGUUCAAAUGUGCCUUCAGGGGUGAAUGAGUUAACAAUCAUUGCUUUCGUUAUGAACAAGUAAUUCAUGAAAGUAUAAUUAAAAUACAUUUAUUCAGUAAAACAUUUAUACUGAUGAGAUUUUCUAAACUGCUGACAUAUUCAUGUAAGACGGCAGUAUUGUAUGAGUUUACACAGGUAUUUCAAGAAAAUUGAAAUCUGAUUGAUAUUAUAACGACUCUAGCAGAGCAAAUGCUGGGGUGUAUAUUAAUAUUAUUUGUACAAUAUUUAUAUUAAGGUGAUAUAUUAAUUGUCGACAGUAUUCAUACAAUUCCUUCCAAUAUUAAGGCAUACUUAUAUAAUGGAUUCAAUAUAAGAAAAGUGAUGUACUUAAAGUUAUAUGCUAUGUUACUAUGUAAUCUCCUUUCGAAGAGUUCCAGUCUGAAAAAAAUUGUAAGCUAACUUUCUUACGAGUGGUAACUUGAACAUAAUUAAUUAGUUAAUGAUGAUCGUUCAAAAGUUACAAAGGAAUACAUGAAAAUGCAAUGAUACAGAGUAUUUGUUAAGGGAUAUAAAUCUAACAUAAAUUGCAGCAGUAAGGUAGUAUACAACCUGAAUUUUAUUUGUAUUUUGUCUCAAUCAGCUGUGAAAUUUCUGAAUGAUUAGUUUAGAUUAUGAUUAAUUAAUUUAAUCUCGCUUAACCACAGUUAGUUCAGAUGUAAAGUCAUAAAGACUUACACAGAUCUCAUUAGACAAUGUGCACAGGGACUAAUUAGAAAACCUGUGUCCAUCAUACAAUGUGCUAGAUGUAUUGAAAUGGAAAUUAAAAGUUUUUAAUCUUUAUCAAUUUACAUAUUAUAUAUUUCAGUGAAGCUAGAACUCUCAAGUUUCCAGCAAGUGUAAACUAUCAGUUUUAAGCAAAACAAUUUUAAAAAUAUUUGUGUAAAAUCAAUUCAUAUCUUCUAGAUACUAAAAUUGUUGACUACAGAAAGAUGUCAAGAUAAAAUAAUAAAAGUUCUUCAACCUUGAUAUUCAAUCAACGAAGAUUAGAGUAAUUUUACUAAUUGUAUAGGCUGCUAUAUAAAUGUUGUAUAUUGUGAUACCAGGUAAUUAUGUUAUAAACGUGUAGGAAACUGUAGCCAAGACAAACUAAUUCAAUUUUUACUCUAACAAGAAUAAUGUAGUGAAACUUAAAAUCACAUGAUCAUCGUUACUUAGGAGACAUAUUUGAUACAUUUCUAAAGGAGGGUGUGUGGAUGAUAUUUGUUGUAAUUUAUCAGAAAUUCUUACUUUGUCAGUAUCAAGAGAAGUUAUUUUUGUAAGCUUAUUUUAUAAUUACAUUUGUUAAUUUGCACAUGAAAUGAUGAAGUUUUUGUUUGAUGAGAAUGACGUUUACUGUACUGCACAUCUAGUUAUUGUUCAGAAACUCAAUUGUUCAACUUUUUUUGCACAUUCACAGCUUUUCAUAAAUAAUAAAAUUCUCAAAAGAAAAUCAUGCAACAAAUGCCAAAAACUAGAAAAAGCAUUUUGAUAACUUAUAAUGGAGUUAUGAUUGUUUUUGAAACUUGUUAUCUUUUCUCUGAGCUACAUGCAUUUUGUUUGGUGCCAUUCUUCGAUCAAUAUUAUUUUUUAUUAAAUAAUGGUGUUCUUAAACCUGGCUUUGAAGUAUUGGUGCUUGUAUUUAAAGAAGUAGAAAUCAGCAACGAUUAGGAAGGUCAUUCCUUAAACAUAUGCCCGUUCAAAUGAAAUAUUUGAAAAAUUGGAAAAGGAGAGUGGUUCAACCUUCCUAAUCACUAAGCAGAUAUUCCACUGAGUUAACUCCCCUUGUACCUAUGUUAUAUUAAGUAAAUGUAGGGUAUGGUUUGGGUUUUUGGUAUAUAUUUCUCAGAAAUAUUCUUUCAUUACUUUUGUUAUAUCAUUUCACACGACCUUUAUUUUACAAUGUUUUACCUGUAUUCGUGUUGUCUAUAUAAUGAAAUAAACAUGUCACCUAAAUGAUGGUAGUGUAUAAAUAAAUUGUCACAUUUCAGUAGUA